GGGCGCGCGGCGAAGGCGGCCUGGCACGUCCCCGAGCUCCGCCAGCUUGCGGCGCGUGCUUCUGCCGGCGUCGGCUCGCACCCCCGGAGUCCGCCCGCCCGUCCCGGGGUGUGGGCUGGCACUGAGCUCGCCGCGCAGCCAGGCUUCGGACGGUCCUCGCGGGAGCCAUGGGCCGCCGGCUCGAAAGGGUGGCGGCGCUGCUGCUGGGACUGCUGGUGGAGAUGCCGUUCCUAUGAAGACUGCUGUGGCUCCAGGUGCUGUGUGCGGGCUCUCUCCAUACAGAGGCUCUGGUAUUUUUGGUUCCUGCUGAUGAUGGGUGUGCUGUUCUGCUGCGGAGCUGGUUUCUUCAUUCGCCGGCGCAUGUAUCCACCACCGCUCAUUGAGGAGCCCACGUUCAAUGUGUCCUAUACCAGGCAACCACCAAAUCCUGCUCCAGGAGCACAGCAAAUGGGGCCGCCAUAUUACACCGACCCUGGAGGACCCGGGAUGAAUCCUGUUGGCAAUCCCAUGGCUAUGGCUUUCCAGGUCCAGCCCAAUUCACCCCACGGAGGCACAACAUACCCACCCCCUCCCUCCUACUGCAACACGCCCCCACCCCCCUAUGAACAGGUGGUGAAGGACAAGUAGCAAGAUGCUACAUCGAAGGCCAGGAGGAUGGCCAGGCCCUUUUGUACUCCUCCCCAUCCUCACUGACACUUGCUGAGAGGGUGGUCCAAGGGAAAACCUGGCUGUUCUCAAAGCAAGCCCAGCUCUCUUUCAAGUUUUUUUUUUUGUGGAGGACAUUUGAAUCCACACUGUCUCCUCUGUUGCUUCUGUUUCUGAUGUAGUCUGUGCUCUCUGAGAGAGUGUGGCAGCAGUCCCUGAGGGUUGAUAUUCCUAGGGUGACCAGGGCAGAUCCUCGGGAGAGAGGCGAAGAGGAAAGGAGGCAUAGCCUAUGUGUCAGGCAGCGGAUAAAUCGGUCAGACUGAGAUAAGACUCACAUGAUGCCGUAGUUGGCAGUGAAGCUCGAAGAGAUGCUGUCCACUGUCCCAGCCCGGUCUCCUAAGAGAAGCCGUGGGGAUGUGCUGUUGAUGCUCUUUGGUCUCCACUCGCAUUUUGAAAAUAGGUUUUCCUCUGCAAGAAUAGGAAAGACCCAAGUGCACACUGCUUCCACUGAAAAAUGAGGGUCAGAUUCAGGCUAGUUGGACAUCCGUAGUUCAAUAAAGACCAUUAGAGAGGGGAAGUAUCUAAGUUAAGGAAAAUUCUCUAAAUGGAGACAUUGCAUUUUAUGAAUCAUGGUCUGGCUUUUAUUUUAAUGCAUGUAUUGAAAUUAGGGUGUGUCCUUUGAGAUCAGAUGGAGAAUGUGAACUCUGGGGAGGUUCUCUGCUCAGAGGGCUCCAACAUCCUUUGCUUAGGUAGUUCUGGUGAUGGGUUUUAUGGACACUAUAGAGCUGAGGAACACAUUAGACUGGGUAGUUACAUUGACCCUUGGAGAAGGAGAGAACAGCCAAAGAAACCCAGCAAAGCAAGAGCAGCAUUGCUGAGUAAGAGCUAGGGUUGUAUGUGAUCCCAGCAGAGAUGUGCUGACCUCAGAAGAGGGGAUGUCUGUGGAUAGAACAGUGAAAACCUACUUAGUUGCACAGACCACAUAAUCAAAAGUAGAGAAAGAAGUGUAGUUAGAGAUGCUGUUUCCCAGGUGAGAAUCAAAGCUCAUCCAUAGAUUUACAAGUAGUGGUGGGAGUUGGUAACAGUGCGGAGUUCUGUUCCCUUGCGUAGUUAGUCUCGUUGGUGUGUAGUUAAACCCAGGUUGAGACCUUGCGUACUAAGAGCAAGGAAGUAUAGCUAAGCUGUCUAGAUUAUUUAUGUGUAGUAUGGUAGGGAGUGGGGCUGCAAGGAAGGGGACUGACUGUAAGUGACUAAUCAGAGACAUUUGUUAAACUGUUACUUGUUGAAUCGGGCAUCUAAUCCUUGUCUCUUGAGUGGACUUUGAGUAUUCUCUACCACCUACAAGACCAAGAGGCAUGGUGUCUCCAUUGGGAUAUUUACAGAGGCAGAGGUUCAGGAAUCGACCGUAGCUGUGUGGGCUUAGUGUAAGGACUGAAAGCAUGGGGACUGAGAGACAGUUUCGUAGGAAACUUCAGGGAAGGAAUGGAUACCUUUAAAGACAGUCUGUGGACGCAUAUGCUGCUGCCCAUCACUGAGCACCCCUGUGUCUCUGGUUUCCUGUCUGGAUCCAGUACCCUCCGUGCUUGGGCCCUUGUUUUACAUAAGACAACAAAGCACAAUGUCUGCUGUUUACAAUCAAGAAGACCACAUGGUCCAAACAUUUCCUCUCUCCUCUUUCACUGGUGGCUUUACCUGUCCCUUUUGGAAAAAUCAAGAAGCACAGUCAGAGCUGCCCCUGGGAUUAUAUCAGGGAACUGCUGGUCAAGGCACUCAGUGUCUGCGACUAAAUCUUAUCUUUUUUGAUAGCAAAUCCUUUUGAGAAACUGAAUGACUGAUAGGGCUCAGCAAUUUUAUACUCUAAUGUCUGUGUAAGACAAAUUUUGUUUGCCAUUGAGCCCACAUUGGAAUUCCUUCAGACAUAAACAUUGACAAUGCUUACGGAAAUUGCACUUCUGGGGAUGUUUCCCAGCAUUCUUGUUUUCUUCUGUUUGGUGAGUAAGGCUCACCCCUUCCAGCAGCUCCAUUUAUGUGUGCUGAGGUCCUAUAGAGCCGGUGCUUGGGGGCAGACCUGAAGCAGACUUGUGCAUGCUCUUUCUUGGCAACACUUGGCUCAUAUUUCUUGUUCUCUUUUGAUAGAGUCCUGUUUCCUAUGUAUUUAAAAAAUAAAAGUGAAUUUAGUCA